AAGACCAAAUAAAAUAGGAACGCAACAUGACUUCCAUCUAAAGUUCUCUUCUCACGAACGCAAAGAAACAUUUGAAAAAAAUACGGGAAUCGUUGACUGAGUGUAAAAUGGUUUUCUUAGUAGUACUAGUGUUAGCGGCAGCCUUCUUGGGAUAUAUAUACCUAAAAUGGCAUUUUUCCGUUUUCAAAAGAUUGGCCAUACCUGGACCAGAGCCGAGUAUUAUCUCCGGGAAUCUUAUGUAUAUCUUGAGAAAAGGUCAUCUUCAGGCAAUGGUAACGUGGGGCAAGAAAUAUGGACGAGUGUUCGGAUACUUCGAAGGGUGGUCUCCUGUAAUUGCCGUAUCAGAUCCGGACAUUCUGCGUGAAAUUCUGGUGAAGGACUUUAACAAUUACCGAAGUCGCAAGCCAUUCCCGUUAGCACCAAGAAAGGCACUUGGUCUGUUUUUAGAAAACGGCGACCAGUGGAAAAGGAGCAGAACAUCGUUAACUCCAGCGUUCAGUUCCGGUAAAUUACGUCACAUGUUCGCAACUAUAAAUAACAGCGUCGAUCAUCUUGUUGCAAACACUGAACACAAAUGCGAAAAGGAGGAGACAUAUGAUGCAUAUAGUUUGUUCCAAUCGCUGACACUAGAUGUCAUUGGAAGAUGUGCAUUUGGACUACAGACGAACGCGCAGACAGACGAAGAUGAUGAUUUCCUCAAAAAUAUAAGAUUCUUGUUUGACGGACUUUCGAAGACGUGUAUCCAGCCUUUAGUUAUGUUGAUGCCAUUCCUCUCGUACUUUGUGUUUGCUUUGAAGAACAUUGUCUUCCUAUUUGGUAUGAACCCAGUCGUCUGGUUGAAGAAUCAGAUGAAAGAUGUUGUCAAAAUAAGGAAAGAAAUUGGGUACGAUAACGUAAACACUGAUCUUGUGCAACUAAUGGUGUUUCCUAACGCAGACGGCAAAAGCAGACGAAAAAUCCGACCGAUGACUGAACGUGAGGUCGUUGCACAGAGCAUGACUUUCCUAUUGGCAGGAUAUGAAACUACGUCAGCGGUUCUUGCGUUCCUCACGCACGUGCUCGCAACGAAUGAUGGCGUACAAGAUCGGCUCUGCGAAGAAAUAGACGAAACUUUUAAAGGGAAGGAAGUUACAUACGAAAAGGUCAAUAACAUGCCAUAUUUUGAUAUGGUCUUAGACGAGGUGUGCCGAUUGUAUCCAACCGCUUCCUUAGUUGUGACGCGAAAAGCUGACAAGACACGGAAAUACGCUGGCUAUACGUUUCCUUCGGGUAUGUCAAUUCAAGCCAAUGUCUGGUCCUUACAUAGAGAUGAAGAAUUUUGGGAAAACGCCGAGGAGUUUAACGCAGAAAGGUUUUCUCCCGAGAACAAAGAAAAGAUAGUGCCUUACAGUUUUCUUCCGUUUGGUGCUGGGCCAAGAAUGUGCAUUGGUCAAAGAUUUGCAAUACUGGAAAUAAAAAUUGCAAUUUCAAGAAUUUUACAAAACUUUACAUUCACAAAAACAAAUGAAACAGAGGAUUCCCUAACAAUAAUUGCACGCGGCGCUGUUGUACCACGUGAUGGGGUCAAUCUCCGAGUUCAUAGACGACAUUCAAUCUGAGAGGACAAUAUUACAAUCCAUUUGUUUCUUAGCAUAAUCCUUGCAUUCUUGAGUAUCAUAUUUGAAGGGAAUAUUAAGCCAAAUAAGUUGUAUUUGCAUCUCAAGAACAUUAGGAUGCUCUCGUAUCGGCGAAAAGGUGAAGUGCGUUUGAUGCCAUUGACUAGCAUGUGUUUCUUAUCAAAUCAAAGGAGCUAAUAUUAUGCAAAGAUUUAUAAUUUUAAUGAUUUCAUAAUGUUUAAGCUGUGUAUUUAAAAACAACAGGUCAUUAGUGACGAAAAAGUGAGCAAGCAGAUUUCCAACGACAUGCACAUGUUUAAAAAGUGGGAUCACUUUGUUUCUAGAUUUUUUUACAUUUACUGGUAAUUUGAAAUAAUUUGCUCUUGAAAAUUUAGUUAUUGCAAUUGACCGGUGCUGUGUAGCAUUAUAGAUUUAGCACAUUGAAAAACCUUAUUCAGACGGUUUUCUUUUAAAAGAGCUUAGAUCAGUUUUCGCUUUGUAAAUUUUGCUUCCUAUACGUGUAUUUAUAAUGACUUAUCAACUGUUUAGUACUUUCGAGUUGGCGUAUAAAGCACUUAAUUGUAAGUUCUUUAGCUGUUUGAAAUGUUUUUUCUUUAAUUUCUUUAAUUAUUUGAAAAACAUUUUACAAAUGUCUACUAUGAUUAGGCCUGUUCAAAUGUAUAUGACACAUUGAAUUUUAUAGACGUGAACACAUUAUUAUUAGUGAAAUGUUAACUCAUUUUAAGUGUGAUAGUAACUUGGUGUUAGUGCCAUGGAUAUUUCUUGUGAAAUACUAACUGAUGAUGCAAUAUUUACUGGCUGAGUCUUCCUUGUUGAUCUUGUUUUUUUUCUUCAAACUUUAUGAACACACCAAUGUUGUGUGCUAAAGUCAUCGGACAUGUGUGAAAGUGUGAUUUUAUUUUAUGUAAACAAAUAUCAAUUAGAAUGUUUGGAUAAUUAUUGUCGUUAUAGUUGAAACCGCCUGAGAUUUUUCUGUUAUAUGUACAUGUAUUUAAUGUUACUGUGAUAAACCAGAAUUUAUAAUUAUGUCACUGUGCUGAUGUAUGUUUAAUGCAAAAACUGUAUCAUAUGAUAAUAUAAUUAAUAAAUUAUCACAAAUUAAUA